UACACACCCCGCCAAUGAACCAAUUUCAGGAACGGCUAUUUCCGCAGUAUGAAAGAAAAGGCAAGGAAGAAUCGAGAGGAAAAGUAGCUGACAAUUCUUAAUAACCUGAUGGUUCACUUGUGUGGAAAAUCUCCCAUGAUGCACUGCGGGACAGAAAGGAGGCAUUGAAGCGGUUAGUCCAAGCAGGAAUUCAACCACUGGACAAAACCACAGGUUUUAUUUUGAGCUCUAAACUUUUUCACCGGUUUCUUUUUUUAAAAAAAUAAUAACAAUGAACGGGAGGCCUUCCUCUCUCUUUUUUUGCCAUACUAAUAAUUAAAGCAGUUGGGGCGGGGCCACCAGAAGUGACGUCACCCAAGAUCGGAAAGAUAGCGAGCGAGUGCACUAGAACGUCCCGCGAAAGGCUUGCCCGGUUCUGCUUCCGAGGUCAGAGGUUGGGUGUGUAGUGACUGACUGAGAGGCUGGUCGCGAUGUUGAUCAAAGUGAAGACGCUAACUGGAAAAGAGAUUGAGAUCGACAUUGAACCCACAGACAAGGUGGAGAGAAUAAAAGAGCGAGUGGAAGAAAAAGAAGGCAUCCCACCACAACAGCAGCGCCUCAUCUACAGUGGCAAGCAGAUGAACGACGAGAAAACAGCUGCCGAUUACAAGAUCCAGGGUGGAUCUGUGCUUCAUUUGGUCCUGGCGCUCCGCGGGGGAGGCCUGCGAUGAUGGAGCACCUGUGCCCCCAGUUCCCCCCCUCUCCCUCCCCCAAUCCCCACAAAGGACAGGUCCGCCGUUUGCGUGUGGGAAGCCAUGUGGCUGCAUAACGACACUCCCAUGCCCUUUUUUCAUCCUGUCUCUAGGAAGAAUGGCCCCUGCUGCCCCCUCCCCGAUCUUCCGCAAGCUGUCAUUUGAAGGAGGUGCCUUUUGCACGGGAUGUACUCGGUUUCCCAGAAUGGGAAUAUGAUAUCCCACUGGCCCCGAUUCUCCUCAUGCAUUUCCACCUCAGCAACUUCUCAAGUGCUGCUUAUACUUGCUGGUUCUGUUCCCGCCCCCUCGUUCAAGUGUCCCUUUUCCCCCUCUGUUGGAAUGGCUGAAUGUUAAAUAAAGGUGUUUCACAACCUU